GCAGAGGAGAGCUUUUUUAUUUUAAAUAUUUAAUUCUGCUCUUUGGGGUUUGAGCACUGCCUGGAACUCAGGAAGUCUGGAUUCUGUUCCUACCUAUGUUGCUAUAACAAGCGACAAGCACUCGGUGCCCGGUCGGUGCAGCGUGAUGCGUUCGCGGGGCUCCCGGGGCUCCCGGGGCUGGGCAGGGAGCCCCGCCGUGGGGAGCGCUCCUGGGACGCCACCGGGGCACCCCAAGGAACCAAACCAGCCCGAGCCCGGCGGGCGAGCCCAGCGGGGCCGGCCCGGCCUCCCACCCAGCCCCGGGGCUUGGUGUAGCUGCAGAGACAACUCACUGCGGGGCGGGGGCCGCCCCUGCCUGCCCGGGCCCCGCGCGGCCCCGCGCCCGCCGGCCAUGGCGGGGGAGGCCGCGGCGCGGGGGCGGCCGGGCUCGCCGGAGCCCAGGGCCCUGGAGCGGCAGAACCUGCUGGCCUUGCUGCAGGAGCGGCGGCGGCGGGAGGCGGAGGGCCGGUUCCCGCUGCACAGGCUGCUGGUGCUGGCCCGGCCGGGCCCGGGGGCGGCGGCGGCGGUGGCAGGUUAUUACAGAGAAUUGUUUGAAAAUGGCUUAGAAGACCACCCAAGAGAACCAGUCUCAGGUCUGCUACUUGUUUGUCCCAGCUAUAUGUGUCAUGUAAUAGAGUCUUGCACGAGCACAAUCCAUCUUAUCAUCCAAGAUUUAGCUUCCAUCCAAAAUCAAGGUCAUAGUGCUUUACUCCAGGAAAUUAAAGUUCUAGUGGUGACACACGACAUCCCCACCAGGCUGUUCCCAGACUGGUACGUGGCAACAGCGACGUCUCCCGUGCCGAGGCCACAAGGCUGGACAGAAUCACAGCCCACAGAAGAGGUGGUGGCAGAAUGUCUCACCUUCCUCCUCAAACUGGCAGACUAUAUUCAAAGGUCUGAGGAUGACAGUGAGGAUACCAGUGGGAGUGCACACACUGUGGGACCCGAGCUGCUCAUCCCAGCACAGACAAUUAACUGUCUGUGUAAUGCUGAAGCGUGUGCAAGCCCAGAUGAUUUUCUGAGAACUUAUUUAAGUCCUUCACAGCCUGUCCUGGAUUCAGAAAUAGUAUGGCCUGCUCCAUCUUACUUCUCUCCAUGAUCCAGGCUGUAUCCAGCAUUCCCCUUUGCAGCUGGACUCAUUUGUGUUCUGCAGGAAAGCUGCACAUCCAAAUGCACCCAUUCCCAGCAGGCACCCCCUGCAGUCCUCAAAAGCAGAACAAGCUGAGCAGCCAGCAACACAAGCUACAAACAGGGAAUGACUGUGUAGCCUCCCGUGCCCCUGGGAAGCAAUGUUACUCACAAACUUGAAUAAAGAUGCCUUGAGU